AUGUAUGCGGGAAAUCUGGUCAUCAACGUCGUGCUGAUUGCAGGCUUGCUGGAGGUCGCCUGGGUUGGGCAGGCGGGCGCUGUUGAUGCCCUGGGUCUGUUUCUGGUGUUUGCGAUGCUUCUGCGCAUGGGCUGGCUGGGCUGGCGUUUGCGGUUUGCCCGUGCGGGAAUCACCGUCGCUGACGCUUCUGCAGUCAGGACAGGCCCUUCAACCCUGCCUCGGGUCAGCAUCUGGAUAUGGGCCGGGCUGUCGUCAGGCCUGUUGCUGCUCUUGCCGCUGGCAGGCCGAAGUAUUGCCUCGCAGGGGGGCGAGGGUGCGCUGGCCAGCUUCAAUUACGCGUGGAAACUGGUGGAGCUGCCACUUGUGCUGGCGGUGCAACUGGUGGCCACCCUGGCUUUUCCGGCGAUCACGCGGACCGGGCAGGGCACGCCAGAGCGUGCAGCUGCCUUGCGUGUGGCAUUCGCACUGGCCUGGGCGCUGGCUUGUGCGGCGGCCGCCAUCAUCGCCACCUUCUCGUUGCCGCUGGCCGGCCUGCUGUUCGGCUGGGGCCGCAUGGGUGAAGAGCACCUGCAGGUGAUUGCCCGCUGGAGCGCCAUCGGUGUCUGGUCGCUGCUGCCGCAGGCCCUGAUCGCCGUCAUGCUGACCGUGAUGGCGAUCUCGCAGCGCAUGCAUGUGGCAGUGUGGUCUUAUGUUGCCGCCCUUGCGGUGCUGCUCAUCUUUGGCCUGAUGCCCGACUGGGGACCGGAGAAGGGGGCCGCGGUGAUGUGGCUGCUCAAUGGCGUGCUGGCAGGCGUUGCGCUUGUGCUCAUGGCUGCAGAGCGGCGGACCGUGGCCCAUGCCUUCCCGUGGCUGCCCUGCCUGGUAUCGCUGGCCGUCGCUGUUCUGCUGGUCGGCCUCAAGCCCGUGUCGGGUGGCCACAGCAUACAGUUCACUAUGAUUGCUUCCUGUGUGUAUGGCCUGCUGGUUGUGGGAAGCGCCGUUCUGGCAAGCCCGCAACUGCGCAGGCUGCUUUUUGCCCGGCCUGGGCGCGCCGCAGCGCCUUGA